UUAGAUUGCGAACGGAGCUCAUCGUUCGGGAUGAAGUACAUCGCACUUCUCAGCGGAGGGAAAGACAGUUGUUACAAUUUGUCCCACUGCAAUGCCCACGGCCACGAACUCGUAGCUGCCGCAACCCUCUCCCCUCAAUCUGGCAAAGAUGAGAUCGACUCGUAUCUCUACCAGACCGUCGGCCAGGACGCGAUCGAGUUUGUAGCUCGCGCACUCGACGUUCCUCUCUAUCGACGCGUCAUACAAGGCGAUGCUAUUGAGCAAAAUGUGGAAUAUGGCUCACGCAGUGCUGGCAGCGCCGGCGUCAUGGGGGACGAGACGGAGGAUCUAUAUGCUCUAUUAAAAGAUGCCAAGCUCCACCACCCAGACGUACAGGGCGUGUCAGUCGGUGCUAUUCUCUCAAAUUAUCAACGCGUUCGCGUCGAACAUGUGUGUCGUCGUCUCUCCCUUACACCCUUGGCCUACCUUUGGCAACGCGAUCAAGCUGAGCUAUUGUCGGAGAUGAUCGAUGCCGGGAUCAAAAGCGUGCUCAUCAAAGUAGCAGGCAUCGGUCUAACAGUAAAACACCUAGGAAAAACCUUGCAUGAAAUGCAGGACACCCUCACCCGCCUGAAUAGUCUUUACGGCUUGCAUAUCUGUGGUGAAGGCGGGGAGUAUGAAACUUUCACUCUUGACAGCCCACUGUUCAAGCACCGCAUCGUGCUCGAUGAAACCGAAGUUGUGAUGCAUUCGGACAACGACUUUGCGCCCGUUGCAUAUCUGCGUAUCAAACGUGCAUCACUUCACCCCAAAGAAUCAUCUUCAAACACGAGGAUCGAGACCCCACCGCUCUUAGAAGACAAGUUCAUCGAAUUGCAAACCACCCUCAAAAAUUCAGUCCGAAAGGCGGAAGAACAAAGCAGAUCUAGCGGCGCAUAUCCGAAUUCACCCCCUACCACCGCGUCAUACCGCAUACUAGACCGGCCAUCCAUACACGCUGUGGGAUCAUGGCUCGCAGUUGGAAAUAUCCACCCAGUUCCGCCUCUAGACUUGGGAAUACCAUUGGACCAGCAAGUUCGCAAUUGCUUCAUUCAAUUACAAGGGAUUCUCCUUUCGCGCGAUCUGCGCAUGGAAGAUGUGACUAAUAUUACACUUUUGUUACCUUCUCUUGCUCCCGAGAUCUUCGCAGCUGCGAACAAUGCAUACGCCGAGUUCUUUGGUGUGUCACCACCUUCGAGGGCGUGUGUUGGUGUAGACCUUCCAGAGGGUGUGUGUGUGAUGCUUGAGUGCAUCGCGCACAAGGAAAAUCCCGAUACCAAGACACGCAAAGCGCUCCAUGUACAGGGUCUCAGUUAUUGGGCACCUGCUAAUAUCGGACCCUAUUCCCAAGCCAUCACCGUCGAGCCAUAUGUUUUCAUAUCCGGCCAGAUCGGUCUUCUCUCGCCCUCUUUAACGCUACCUUCUCCAUCAUCAUUGGCACUAGAAACUGCACUAGUGUUCCAGCACACAGAUCGCGUCAUUCGCGUGGCCAAUAAUGCGGGGGGACACGUUCUACUCUCGCUUUAUUGGCUUGUCGACAAGGCGGACGUCAUACACGUUCGACGGGCUUGUCAAAAGUUUGGUGAGGAAAUGCCAAUGUUGUUCUUGAUCGUCGCGUCCCUCCCGCGCGGUGCACGCGUUGAGAAACAGGUUUUGGUGCAUUCAGGUCACUUCACGGUUCCGGAUGAGGAUGAUGAAGGGACGUUCACCGAGGUGUCUCGCACUCCGGAAUUCCUGUCUGGGGAUAUUCACGUCGAGGAUGCUACCGUGGCAACUUCCACUUCGACGACGCCCUCCGUACUCAACUGGCAGGUUUCUCGAUUUGACGUAUCAGGGUCAUCGCCCUGUACGGUUACAAUCUGCGCUCGUGGGCAUCCAUCGCCAGAGGAUGCAUUAAAACUUAGAAACUUGUCGUCGCUCAGUGCAUUUUGGGAAAGGGCACUCUCAGCGAGAUUGUUUCACAGACUGGACACUGAUUUUUCAACUAGUUGGUCGUCAGUGUCGCAUGUACUAUUUGGAGACAGUGAUAUGCCUGCAGUCACGUCAAUUCCCUGUCGAUUUAUUGGGACUCGGGGGAGUGAUGAACAGUGGGAUUGGGCGGUGGCUUUCGUGGGUGUAUGAUACUGAGACCCCAAGACGCUUUCCAAUA